CACAAUAACGCAAUUACGCGUCACUGCAACCAGGAAAUACAGUGGUUGUUCUGUUCCAAUGAAACUUUAUUCUCUACACGCCCGCUUUCAAACUGUUUUGUGACUGAACAGAAAUACAGCAGAUAUUUUAAAAUGACAAGCAUCGGAAAAUCUAAAUUUCAAUUGAUUUGAUAGAAUGUUCCGGACACUGUGGUGCCGACUGAGGAUCCAGCAGCCUUCAGGGACCAGGACAUAUGCUUUUACUGCUGUUGGUUUGGGAGAUCCUGUCAAGCUGCAUGCAACUCCACUUAGACUUCUUCUAACUCCCAGGAUCACAGCAGUAUCUGUUUAUCAGCGGACCUGUCACUCAAACACACACUCCCAACAGUGUGGAUGGAAUGUUAGUGGAGACAGGAAGCGAGAUGUCUCUUUUAUGUCACAAUGUUUCAACGCUGGUUUUUUUUCACUAUCAGCUGUCUCUGGUCACAACUUUUCCAGCAGACAUUGGGGUGUCAGCAUACAGAGGAAGAUCUAUACAGCAGCCCCUGUUAAAACAGUGAUUAAACCAGUGAUUGUGCCUGGAAGUGGGAAGAAACUCCUUCCUAAAGGCCCCAGAACCAAACAACCUUCUAGAACUAAUCAGCCAACCCCAAAGGAGGACAAGGAUAUGAUGCAGUGCAUUGCCUUUGCAACAGCGGACCAGUACCAUUUACCUACACUUUGCCAUGACCUCAUAUCCCAUGGCUUCAAUGAAAUUGAUUUACCAAGGGAUGCCUCAAAUGUACUCGUAAUAUCCACUGACAACACCCAAAAACCAGGUGACAGUGCAACCAUGUUCUUCUUCAGGGAGGGAUCAGUGGUCUUUUGGAAUGUAGAAGAAAAAACGAUGAAGAAAGUGAUGAGGAUCUUGGAGCAGCAUGAGAUUCAGCCCUAUGAAGUAGCUCUGGUCCACUGGGAAAAUGAAGAAAUCAACUACACUAUUGGAGAGGGAAACUCAAAACUACAACGUGGUAACUUCCUGUUGAAUAAUGAAAUGGAUCCAGAGAUUGCUGUGCUGGAAAAAUUUGCUUUUUCAAAUGCUCUUUCAUUAUCAGUGAAACUCGCUAUAUGGGAGGUGGCUUUGGAUCACUUUGUGGAGACAAUUCAGUCUAUCCCAGAGACACUUAAAUCUGGGAAGAAAAUAAAGCUUUCCAGAGCAGAGGUCAUGCAAAAAAUUGGAGAACUCUUUACUUUGAGGCACUGUAUCAACCUGAGCUCUGACCUGCUGAUUACACCUGACUUUUACUGGGACAGAGAGAACCUGGAGAUGCUGUAUGAUAAGACUUGUCAGUUCCUCAACAUCAACCGCCGGGUCAAGGUAGUGAAUGAGAAACUGCAGCACUGCACUGAGCUGGCAGACCUGAUGAGGAACCACCUGAGUGAGAAGCACAGCUUGAGGCUGGAGUGGAUGAUAGUCAUCCUCAUCGCAAUUGAGGUGAUGUUUGAACUUGGCAGAGUGAUCUUCUGAAGAGCUGCUUCAGUUACUAGUGAAAGACAAAUAAAUGAAAUACCUAUUUUUCAUGAUCAUAAUUAACAGGACUUAAAAAGGGGUAGUAUUUGACUCCAAAAGACUUACUGAGCAUAAGAAAAAACAAAUAUACACUUAUGGCUUGCUACUGAGAAGCAGUGAUGGAGUGGGAUAAAAUGUAGAAAUUAAUUCAUUUUUAAUGGAAAGACAGACUUUAAGUGAAUUGAGAAACAUCACUUCUCUUGAAUGAAAAGAUAUGUAGAGAUGAGAAAUGUUCAUCUUUAAGCAAAUCAGCAGCAUCGGUACAACGAAUGAUAGCCUAUCCAGGGAGGAAAUGGCUCACUCUGGGACUGUUGAAUUUGUGUUAGUAUUCUGCUCCAAAAAUGUAUGGCUAAAUUAAUGUUUUUUUGUCUGUCUUUAAACGGUUUUGUUAAGGUUGUUGAAAUUGUUGAAACCUCAUUAUCUGCAUUGAUCACUGCAAGUAGUAAUUUCUUUCAAACCUACAUUUCCGUUGAUGUCUUCAUUCUGGAAAACUGCUAUUUGAACAAUAAAAAUCGGAUUUCUUAUGCCAGUGAUGUAUCUGAAAGAAGCUGAGCUUAUUGCUUAAGUAAUUUACAGUGGGGAGAACAAGUAUUUGAUACACUGCUGAUUUUGCAGGUUUUCCC